AUGUUUGCGGAUGACAUUAAGCUCUGGAGCGUCAUUCGAACUGCAGAUGACGAAGAGCAUCUGCAGGCGAACCUAAAUCGACUCCAACAGUGGUCAAAGGCCUGGCUUCUGCCGUUCAACGAGAAAAAGUGUAAUAUUCUACGAGUCGGCAGAGCUCGCUCUCCGAACCAUAUGGCCUACUGCCUAAAUGGUAUACCACUGCAAGAAGUGGACUCGCAGAAGGACGUGGGAGUAUGGAUUACGACCUCGCUCAAACCCUCGCUGCACUGCACGAAGAUAGCCAAGUCUGCAAUGUCAGUCCUCUACCUUGUCAAGCGGGCUUUCUCUGCCUUUGACGAAGACUGCUUCGCUAAAGUCUUUCGAACUUUUGUGCGUCCGCAACUAGAAUUUGCUAUCCAAGCUUGGAGACCCUGGACCGCGAAGGACCUCAGCAUCCUUGAAAGGGUUCAAAGGCGUGCAACGAAACUUGUGGCAGGACAGGGUUCACUACCAUAUGCAACGCGGUUAGCUAACCUUUAUCUCUUUCCCUUGAGUUACAGGCAGUUACGGGGUGACCUGAUACAAGUCUUCCGUAUCAUACGCGGUCAGGACUGCAGCCUCGUACCGGGUGACUUCUUCGAGUUAGCAACCACCACAAAUCUACGAGGCCAUCCACUCAAACUACGUGUGACAGGGGCCAGACUGGACACACGAAAGUUCUUCUUCUCCAACAGAGUGGUAGAAGCCUGGAAUGCCCUGCCUGUGGAUGUCGUUAUGUCUGCUUCCGUCGAGGUUUUUAAGAGGAAGCUGGAUUUGUGUAGCACUGUGCACUAAAUUACCACCCCGAUCUCUGUAACAUCGACAAAUUCCGCUAUUAUAAUACUACUUGCUAUAUUUCAGUAACAUUUUAAAUUGAACUUAUUAUUGUACCAACCCAUCGCCUACGCUUACUGACAUGCACAUAUGCAAAUUUUGUCCCCGGACAUAUUAUUUAUUUCGCUGCACUCGAAACGACAGCUCUACAACUGCUCGUACCACUAAAAUUCGAGACAGUUUGUUUGUCUGUACAGACAUGACGCUUUUCCGAUUAUUUGUUACUUUAUGAUACCUUUUCGAGUUUUUGAGAUUUUGCUUGCUUGUAAACAAAUAGGGAGUUCAAAGGUGAAGACCUACAUUUCCCUCAAUAAACUGAACUGAACUCAAAAGGUUGCUGAGGCGAGACACAAGGAGCACUAGUAUAUGAGGUGCAUAACCAACCUGAAUCUCUGUCCUUUGAAUCAUAGGUGAUUGCGCAGGGACUUGAUACAGACUGUCCCUAUCAUACAUGUUUUGGACGGUAUACUCGUCCAACUCGCCACAUAAAACCUCCGAGAGUAUAAUUUCAAACUACGUGUGACUACGAACGGACUGUGACCGAUCGCGUCCGGCUUCCUCUCGUCUCGCUACGUUGACACAAAUAGCCUCAUUCGGUGUAUGAAUUCUGCCCUGACGAUGUCCGUUUUGAGUCCCUUAUAGUAUACCACAUCCAGGCCAGUCCUGUCUGACCCACAUACUUAGCCCCUCAUGGAUGACACUUUUUUCUGCUCUGACGAUGUCUGUUUAUAAUCCGUUAUAUACUGCCACAUGCAGGCGGGGCCUGCCGCAUUUUUGUCCUUUCAUGGGCGACAGUUUUUUCUCGUUUAAAAUUAGUCCGAUCAUUUUGCUUAUUCUAAAAUGGCGUUUUUUCACUGCACGCUCAUCAUUUUUCUUAACGGAAUAUUUAUUUAAUAACUAUGUAUUGCGUAUUGUACAGAUUCUGUCUACCCCUUCCAAGAUUUAUGUGAACAUUUAUUUUCACUUGCCAUGAAGGCACACCGAAUAAUCUUUAAGAAAGAAUAAAGAAGAUUGGAUCUGAGAAGGUAUUUUUGUCCUUUUUUGAAUGACCUAUCCAAGACGAUUGCAAUACCUCAGUCUUUAGAGACGUUCCAGCGUCGCAUUUGCAGACAUCUGCUGCAGCAAAGAUCGGACGGAGCGACUCCAUGACCUCAAAAAUAAAUGCGAUUAUGUGGAACUAUGUCAAUUCUGCAAUUUCUAUUUUAUUUUUACUUAUAUUGUUGAUAAUCCGUUCGAUUCGCACGUGACAAAUAGAGAGUGCAAAGGCGUAAGCCUUCUCCCCUCAACUGUACUGAAGUGAAACGUUCCAAAGGGACAAUACCUACGCGGAUAUGCUUCAUCAGCAUUGGCCAACUGUGGAUAAGGACAAAGUGCAUUCAUAUUGACCCAACUACGAAAAACUCGACGCCUAUGUAGGAUUCGAACCCACGACAGACAGAGUGCCCCCGAACACAUCCCAACCUAGAAGCCCUCUCUUUCGAAGGAAAUACAUAACCAAUUUAUGCGUUUUGCGUGUACCAUCUUUUUCGGGUGACAAAUUCACAUACACUAUUACACAGCGAACCACUGCGCAUUUACUGCAAAGCACAGCAUAGGAGCGUUCUAGCAUCGAUUGAGCGCUUUUACUCUGCUCAAAAGACGAGGAGAGAUUCUAAAUAAAGGUUUCUAUUGUAAUUAAGCCCCGGGUGCACUAAUUGCAGGUAUUUUCGUCAUCAAUAGUGGCAUAUUUGGUAGUUUGUUUUAAGUAUAAGCCGUCUUAAAUGACGUAGAAAUAGUGGGGUUAAAAAAGCUAUAACAUACAAGGAAAAGUGUUUUGAGUUUCCAGAUCUGGCUGUCUGAGCUGGUAAAACUGAAUGUCUGAAGACGUGCUUUGGUUCGGGACAUGCUGCCCAAACCACGGACUCCCGACCAACUUGAUUUUAUCCCCGACUGAAAGAAAAACACUUUGCCUAUUGAUGAUGCAAGAAGUUGUAUCGAUUUUUAAGCGUUAGAGGGCAAGUUUUAAAACUUCUAAGAUGAUCGCCGUAGAAUUGGAUCUGGCGACCAGAAAAGAUCUUUCUUUCAGGCGAACAUUCAUAAAUAACCUGAUAUCGGCAAUACAAUGACAACUGGAUGAUAAGCGGCCAAAGGCCGCAAAACAGUCCGUCAUUAACUGUAGGAAGCAGCGUUACCACUUACAAAAAUAGCAACUUCGACCGGGAAAAAUUAUUUCCAGACUCUGUGUUCGUACAAAAAACCGGGCUACUAACUUGGCACAUGGAUGCCUCGACCGAAACCGCAGUAUGGCUAUAAAGACGGCUCCCGAGUUCGCAUCGUCGAAUUUAAACGAAAGGGUCAAACAUAACCUUGGACUAUUUCGGGAAUAUUUUGAGACUGUAUACCGCUACCACGCGUCUGAACCCAGAUGUGGAACUUACUAGUGCGUACCUCCGUCCUAAGGAUUGGAUCGAGGUCGAAUAGACAGACCAUGACUCAGCCUGAUGGGUUGUCCGUCUGUCAGUUUCAGCGUAAUUGUCAGUAAUACUGCAAUCUUUUGAAGUGCAGAUAAGACGGAUACCUUCCUUACGUAAAUAUUUCAGUAGAAACAAUUGCACAGGCAAAUUGCUUCUCACUAUUUGUCUUUGAAGGACUGGUAUGUACUGGGCCACCUGUUGAAAUUCUACUCGUUGGUCUCGCCUUUUGGUCUCACCCACCCCCAAACGUUAGGACCUACGACUAAGAUCUCAGCAGGUGCCACAUUUCAUCAUGCUCCUCUGAAAACACACGACGGGAAGCAGUUAACACGUAAGAUUGCUCUUACAGCUUGAACUUUGCAUAGAAUCUACUCAUGCUGUCUGUAACUUAAAAGCUUGCAAUAUAAUAAAUCUUUUGUGUAAAGACUUUAAGAUGAACCACCCCCAGGGUUGGGCUAUGGCCUGUUCAUCUUAUCUUGGCUCAGCAGUGGGACGAGCGAGGAAUAUAAGUGCAGAGACGAAUGAUCGCUUUCCUUCAGAAAACGGCUUAUAGAACCUUGUUCCAGUGAUCGCAUAUUCGUCUUCAGAACUGCUACCUGAAACUCGCAUGUUCGCUUCUAUCAGCAAUCUAUUUUGACGCGAUCCGCUCUGAUCGACACGACGGUGGGAAACCUUUGCCCAUCGAGAGUCGUCUACAUAUGCGCAGAUUCGAUUUCUGCACAGGUGUCUCGACAACACUGUGCUGCCGAAGUGUGUUUCAUACAAACCUCCGGUCAACACAGAGCUGGUGAGACGCGCAGUAAUUCAAAACGGUCCACGAAUGGUCCGAGUGCUUCUUCAAGACUCUCACUCACGAAUUCCCAAAUACCGUCAGAGGAUUGACCAAGAGAAUGCAAGGCUGCUGAUAAAAGUGAACCGGCGAGUUCCAGGUAGCAGUUCAGAAGAUGAAGAUGCGAACAAUGGAACAAGAAAUUUAUUUGCCUGACGUUUCGCAUCCUUACUCGAAUCCGUCAUCAGAGACAUUAGCAGAUAAAGGUGAUGGUGGCAUCAGGAGUCCAGUAUCUAUAGCACGUGGCUGCCGUGGGAUCGCAUGCGCACUGCAAGUAACAGUUUUCGCAAUCACCACUGAGGUCGUAAUUGAUGCGGCGGCUUGUCGGUCCGAGCCCGAGUUGUUAAUGGCCGCGAUUUCUGAUAGAAGCGAACAGGCGAGUUCCAGGUAGCAGUUCAGAAGAUGAAGAUGCGAACACCGGAACAAGAAAUUUAUUUGCCUGACGUUUCGGAUCAUUACUCGAAUCCAUCAUCAGAGACAUUAGCAGAUAAAGGUGAUUGUGGCACCAGGAGUGCAGUAUUAAUAGCACGUGGCUGCCGUGGGACCGCAUGCGCACUGCCAUUAACAGUUCUCGUAAUCACCGCUGGGGCCUUAAUUGGUGCGGUGGUGGCUUGUCGGUCCGAGUCCGAGUCGGUACUUGCCGCGAUUUCGUCAUCCGUGCUGGAUGCUGGUGUGACGAUUGCUCGGAAAACUGGCUCACUGUCACCGUGAUGAUUGCUCGCCCGCGUCCUCCCCACGUGACUGAUUCUCCUGCCCAGGAAAAUCGCAGUACGCUAUAGGGUACCGGGAGGUCAUUGUGCUUGUUGAUGGAUUGUGGGCCUGAGAACCAUGACUCGAGCAGCUCGCGGUUCUUGCGGUUGUCACCCCUUGCGAGGAUUUUGGCCUCUUGAAAUUUGAAAAUAUGUCUGGUCCCGUCGAGUGUGCCGCCACCUGAGAUCUAGCAUCUCCCCGCCUCACUGCUGCUGCGUGCUCGGCAACUCGUGUCCGUGCCGAACAUGCACAGGAACUGGCAGUCGAGACCAUCGAACUACUCCUAGGAGAGAAAUACGACGAAACAGAGAAUUGCUUCGGACACGCCCAAAUCAUCCAGCUCAGGAAGUUCUGUCUCAAGACGUACUUUACUUUCGACGGAACAAUCUACGAGCAGGUGAAGGGAACGCCAAUGGAUUCGCCGAUUUCGGGACUCAUAGCCGAGGCCGUCCUACAACGGCUGAAGUCGCUGGUUUUCCGACACCACAGACAGAAAUUGUGGACUCAGUAUGUGGAUGACACCUUCGUCGUCAUCGAAUGGGAGCGGGUGCUGACAUUCAAAGAACAUCUCAACGCCAUCUUCUCAGACAUUCAAUUCACGAUGGAGGAGGAGGAGGAGGAUGAGGAGGAGGAGGAGGAGGAGGAGGAAAACAAUCAGCUGGCCUUCCUGCAUCUUCCCGUCUACCGCAAAGUUUGUGGUGGCCUAAAAACCAAAGUGUUCAGGACAGCGCCAAAUACAACGCGAAUACUGAACUUCAAUGACAACCACCCGGUCAGUCACAAACGCAAUUGCGUAAGGGCGCUAUACCGGCGCGUUGAGACGCACUGCAGUAAAAUGGAAGACAAGGUUGCUGAACUACAAUAUCUUCGAUGGAUAAUGAGAGCCAAUGGUUACCCGCGCAACUUUGUCAACCAGUGCAUACGAAAAGGACACCAUAGACCAAAUCCAACCGGCCCAAAAUUUUGGCGGGCUCUUCCGUACAUGAAGAACGUCUCGGAAGCCGUCAGUCGUCUUCUCACUCCACUUGGAGUUGGGGUUGCACAGAGGCCGGAAGCAACCAUUAGGCGCCAAGUCAUGAGGCCAAAAGACCCGCUGCCACGGCAGGAAACGUCUGGAGUCGUUUACCGGAUCUGGUGUAGUUGCGGACAAAGCAAUUAUGUCGGAGAAACUGGGAGAUUACUCCGUAUGCGAUUUGCCGAGCACGUUGCAGCAGUGAGGCGGAGAGAUGCUAGCUCUCGGGUGGCGGCACACUCAACGGGACCCGGUCAUAUUUUCACAUUUCAAGAGGACAAAAUCCUCGCAAGGGGUGACAACCGCAAGAACCGCGAGCUGCUCGAGUCAUGGUUCUCAGGCCCACAAUCCAUCAACAAGCACAAUGACCUCCCGGUACCCUAUAGCGUACUGCGAUUUUCCCUGGGCAUGAGAAUCAGUCACGUGGGGAGGACGCGGGCGAGCAAUUAUCGCAGUGACAGUGAGCCAGUUUUCCGAGCAAUCGUCACACCAGCAUCCAGCACGGAUGACGAAAUCGCGGCAAGUACCGACUCGGACUCGGACCGACAAGCCACCACCGCAUCAAUUACGACCCCAGUGGUGAUUGCGAAAACUGUUAAUGGCAGUGUGCAUACGGUCCCACGGCAGCCACGUGCUAUAGAUACUGCACGCCUUGUGCCACCAUCACCUUUAUCUGCUAAUGUCUCUGAUGCUGGAUUCGAGUGA